AUGUCAGAGGGAAAACUAGAAAAGCCCGAGCAAGAUUUCACGCCGAUCGUCGACGUGCAAUUACCAGAAACUGAAGAGUUGGCUAAGCAAGGUCACUUAAAUCAGGCUUUAGAACAAUUACUAGCGCUUGAAAAACAAACUCGUCAGGCAGCGGAUCUUUCUUCUUCCACUCGAGUAUUAAUUCACAUAGUGAAAUUAUGCUACCAUUCGGGAGAUUGGAAGUUAUUGAACGAAUACGUAAUCUUACUUUCGAAAAAACAUGGACAAUUGAGACAGGCAAUUACAAAGAUGGUGCAGGAGGUCAUGACAUACCUUGACAGUACUCCAGACUUAAAAACAAAACUUGAAUUGAUCGAUUCUUUACGCACCAUCUACGUUGAAGUCGAGCGCGCUCGACUAACGAGACUCUUAUCCAAAAUCAGAGAAGAUGAAGGAAAAGUCAAUGAGGCGGCUGAUAUCUUACAAGAAUUGCAGGUCGAAACAUUUGGUUCAAUGGAAAAAAAAGAGAAAACCGAUUUUAUCCUUGAGCAAAUGCGAUUGACUCUUGCAAAGAAAGACUACACUCGAAUGCAAAUUAUCAGUCGGAAGAUAAACACAAAAUUUUUUGCCGACAACGAAAAUCAAGAUUUGAAACUUCGAUAUUAUGAUUUAAUGAUUCAACAUGCUAUACAUGAAGAGCAGUAUCUAAAUGUUUGCAAAUACUAUCGGCAUGUGUAUGAUACACCGUUGAUUAAGGAGGAUGAAUCCAAAUGGAGAGAAGUCUUACAAAAUGUUGUCUAUUUCAUCGUUCUCUCGCCUUAUGAUAAUGAACAACAUGAUCUACUGAAUCGUAUAUUUGAAGAUUCGAACCUCAUCAAGCUCACCCUGCAUUAUGAACUUGCCAAACAUUUUAUAACUCCAGAGUUAAUGCCAUGGCCUCGUAUUCAGGGCCUAUAUGGAACGGCGCUAAGGCAAACUUCGGUCUUUUUAUUGGAUGAGGAAUUUGGGGAGAAACGCUGGAAAGAUUUACACAAACGAGUGAUCGAGCAUAACAUUCGUGUGGUUGCCAAAUAUUAUACACGUAUUAAAACCAAGAGAUUGACACAAUUAUUGGAUCUCAAUGAUCAGGAUACUGAGGAAUUUCUUUCGAAACUUGUGGUCUCUAAAACCAUCUACGCCAAAAUUGAUCGACCAGCUGGAAUUGUCAACUUUUCAUCUCCCAAGGACGCAAAUCAAGUUCUAAACGAUUGGUCAAAUAAUAUUAAUUCCUUAUUAGGACUUAUUGAAAAGACAUGUCAUUUAAUUACUAAAGAAGAAAUGUUACAUAGUAUCGCCAGGGUGAAGUGA